UUUCAGGCUAGCAUUGAUGAAUCACUACAUGCCCUGGAAGAUCUGAUGAAUGAAUUUUUUGCUGCAACUACUAACAAUGAUAGAAAAAGAGAAAUUGGUAGGAUUACCUGUAAAGUUGAAAGUUUCCUGUAUAAUUUUUAGUUAAAAGGGUGUUUAUUAUGUUUCUUGUUAAUCUAAUUUGUAAAAAAACAAAAAAACUUUGAACCGAUCGUUGCUUUCUUUGGUUUUAAGUGAAGAAAAUAUGUUUAUUUAGUCUUCACAUAUUACAGCAGAAUCCUCUGACCAUGAGUUCCUUGGUGUGACUUCGGCACAUAGAAGUAAAUAUGAAAAAUUCUUUACUUGCAUUUAACCAGACAGAGAUGAGAACAAAAAUAAAAUUUUAAUUGGUGGUUAAACAGGAACAAACUAAAAUAUAUCAAAUAAAUCAAACUGGGUUAAGAAAUUACCCUAAUGCAGAACUUUACAGACAACUCUACAGACAACUGUACAGGCAGGGCUGAAACUUGCAGUCAGUUUGAUAACAUGGAACCCUGUUUCAUAAAUACAUAAGAUUGGGGGUCUAUGGAAUGAGGAGUCUCACUCCUGUUAUGACAGAUCUUGAAAUUAAAAUUUCCUUUUCAUCAUCCCUAUAUAAUUGACUCAUAAGGCAAGAAAAGAAGCCGUUUUUGGAGAGCUUGAAAACUCAACCUCAAACACUAAAGUCCAAAGCAUGCAGCCCACUUGGCCUGGUUUUAAAGAAGUUGUCUUUAUAGGCAAAAAUAGUUGUCUUAAAAAAUUGUAUUUUAAUCCAUUUUUUUUUUCUUCCUCAGAAUCAAUUUUGACUAACUUCACUCAGAUGUCCAAUGCAUGGGAAAUGUGCCUGUACUUUAUGAGUAAUACUCAAAAUGAAUAUGUCAUGAUGUAUUGCUUAAAUGUCCAAGAGGUCAGUACAAUAGUUUUGUAUAUCCAUCCAUCCCUGUUGCGCUACAGCCCAUGUAGGGCUUUGGCCUACCUCACCACUUCCUUCCACUAAGACCUAACUGAUGCUUUUCUUUUCCAUGCUUGGAUUCCCAGCUGCUGUAGAUCUUUUCUCCACAUCAUCCAUCCAUCUAAGCCUAAGUCUGCCUUUGAGCUGUUUUCCUCUGAGGUUUUGGUGGUGCAUCCUCUUCACUCUUCUUUCAUUUGGCAUUCUUUCUAAGCGCCCUGCCCAGCAUAGCCUGCCCUUUUUAUUUCUGCUACCGGUACUACCGUGGGAUACGAUUCCUGGUUGGUUCAUAUUCUUCCUCCAUAUUCAUCCUUUAUUGGUACAUAUAUUUUCCGGAUAACUUCUCUCUCCCAUGUGUUUAAUAGGUUUUUUGCCAUUUUUGUUAGGGUCCAAGUUUCAACUGGUCUGAUUACUAAUUAUAUCUAGUUUUCUUUGUUUCUCUUGUAAGGUUUUUACUUGUGAGUAUUCUCUGACUACUGAAGCAUGACCUGUUUCAGGACGAUGUUCUUUCUUUUAUUUCUGUUAGUAAUUCAUUUCAUUCAUUUAAUAAAGAUCCUAGGUAUUUGAAUUGAUUUACUUUUUCAAAAGUCUGGUCUCUAAUUAUAUUGGUUUCUUCUGUCUGUUUUUCUCUUUUCUUGGUCAUAUAUUUUAUUUUUUGGUUGUUAACUUCCAUCCCUGCUUGUAGUGAUGCAUCUUCUUAUUCAAUAAAGGCUUUUGAUAUGUCUUUACUACUUUUCCCUAACAGUGCUAUGUCAUCAGCAUAUGCAAAAUACUGAAGGGGUUGAUUGUAGAGAGUGCCUAUGGGUUGUGGGUCUUGGGUUUCCCUCAGAAAGUAUCCUGUUAUUGUUAAUAGUUUUGUAACUUGAUGCAACUAUUGCUAGCAUUUUAAAGUUUAUUUAACCCCUGUUUCAUAAUUUUAUUUCAGCAAUCAUUUUCAUAAGUCAACAUAUGUGUGCAUAAGAUAUCCUUUAACAGCCCUCCAUUUUCAUCUGCCACCAUAUGUUUGCACAUGAUAUAAUUUAACAGCCCUCCAUUUUCAUGUGUCACAAUACAUGUGCACAUGAUAUCAUUUAACAGCCCUCCAUUUUCAUUUGUCACAAUAUGUGUGCACAAGAUAUCAUUUAUCAGCCCUCUAUUUUCAUGUGCCACCAUAUGGUGUGCACAUGUUAUCAUUUAAAAGCCCUCCAUUUUUAAAUCCCUUAUAUUGACUUCGUUUUAGUUCAUGUGUUUCUUUCUUGGUGGCACAAAUUUUUCUACAUUUUUUUCCCAUGUAAGAAAAUUAAAAUAUUUUUAAAAAUGCUGGUGAAAAAUUAAUGUUCCUUUGCAGACACUCAUCAGUCACAAGUGGAUGAACCUUGCAGCUAAUGACAAGAUAGAAAUACGGACAUGUCUCACUCAGUUCCUCAUGAAUCAACAUACGAGAGUACCAUCCUACAUACGUAACAAGUUGGCAAAGCUGGUUGUAGACAUUGGUCGAAGCGAUUGGCCGCAUUUCUACCCUGAUUUCUUCUCCAAUAUAUUACAAGUAGGUUAGAAUAUUUACCCAAUGUGAUCAUAGUCUGAGUAGACUAUUUCUGUUCUAAUGCCUUGGUUGUAAGCAGCAGAAGCUAAUACUGGAAGCCUGGUCACCAUGGCACUUGGACCGGGCAUCUGACGUUUUGCCUGCAUUUGAAGAAAAAAAUAUAUCCUGUCUCUUGACAGAAAAAGUUUUGAAUCUUAAAUUAUUGUUAGUUUUGUCCAAUUCUGGGUAUAAAACUGAGGCAUUCUGGGUAUAAGACUGAGGCAUUCUGAGUAUAAUACUGAGAUUUCAGUUGUUUAUUAUAGCAGGAAACCUGUGUAAUCAUUUUAAGCACCAAAUAUUUAAGAUGCAGUGUAUGUAUAACUAUAAUGUCUGCUUUCUCAAGCUGGCACAACAGUCUGACACGGCGCUCCUAGGAGUGAUCCUACUCCAGACGGCAUCCGAAGAACUCGCAUCCCCUAGAGACGAUGUCAGCAUGGCCAGGAAGGAGGAGCUGCAUCGAUUGCUGUUGCUCCAGGUCCCUUCGGUUCUUAGCAUUUUAAACAGUAAGUCAUGGCCUGUUCUGUCUUGUUGUGUUUUUUUUUUAAAUUCUCAAACCUUUUAUGCCUUUUUGAACAUUAAUGUCCCUUGUCCUGAUGGUGUUCAACUCAUUUAGAUGAGCUGUGAUGUUCCUCAGAAUGUGAUAACCAAUGUGAGCAGACUUUAUAAGCGUUCAACUCAUUUAGAUGAGCUGUGAUGUUCCUCAGAAUGUGAUAACCAAUGUGAGCAGACUUUAUAAGUGUUCAACUCAUUUAGAUGAGCUGUGAUGUUCCUCAGAAUGUGAUAACCAAUGUGAGCAGACUUUAUAAGUGUUCAACUCAUUUAGAUGAGCUGUGAUGUUCCUCAGAAUGUGAUAACCAAUGUGAGCAGACUUUAUAAGUGUUCAAAACAUUUAGAUGAGCUGUGGUAAUGCUCAGAAUUUGAUAACCAAUGUGAGCAGACUUUCCAAGUAUACAUGAAGCCAGACCGCUGCCAAGUAACUGGUAGAAAGCUGUCAUUAACAGCUAGAUGAGAAAACAGUGGUUCAGUGCAUUGUUUACAUAAUCCAAUGGGUCAUCUACCAGAGACUGUAUAUAAGAUAUUUUAACUUGGGUCAAUAACAGUUAUGUAUCCAGGAAACGCACAGAAUAAAUUAUCAGUCAGUUGGCAAUGUACAAGUAAUUGUUUCAUGGAUGUUUUACUUUCGGGCUAAUACAAUUGUUUCAUAAAAAUUUGUUUUAUAAGGAUUAAUAAUUGUGCAUGAUUAUUUAAGUUUUAAAAAACAUACUUUGCAUGACCUUAGUGCUAUAUUUACUGAUUGUUGAUUGGUCCAUUCACUGACUGCUGAUCGGACAACUGAUUGUCCAAUCCAUAUUGGAUAUUAUCUAUUUUAUUAUAUUUGCAGAUAUUCUGGAAUCAAUGCUGGAAAAACAUCGGCAUUUAGUAGCUGCAACACCACCUCCGUCCCCAACAUCCGGUGAAGGAAGAUCCUCUCGUCAAGGCAGCAGUCAGCUGUUUUCUACAUCUCCCAUAGUCAAUGGUAACAUUUAUAUUGUCAAGGCAGCAGUUAGCUGUUUUCUACAUCUCCCAUAAUCAAUGGUAACAUUUAUAUUGUCAAGGCAGCAGUCAGCUGUUUUCUACAUCUCCCAUAAUCAAUGGUAACAUUUAUAAUGUCAAGGCAGCAGUUAGCUGUUUUCUACAUCUCCCAUAAUCAAUGGUAACAUUUAUAUUGUCAAGGCAGCAGUUAGCUGUUUUCUACAUCUCCCAUAAUCAAUGGUAACAUUUAUAUUGCCAUUUAUUGCAAGUAUAAAUAUUUCUGUGAAUUAAUUUCAUUCCAUUUAAAUUCAUUAAAUCUAAUAUUUUUGCAUUACCAAUUUUGAUGACUUGCUUAAAAGUCUUUUCAAAGUUGAAUAUAUCAACACAUAAUGAAAGUACCUUGAUGUUCAUAUCUUUAUUUUACUAUUUUCACAUGAAAAAUUAAUGAAUGACUUUCUCCCUUAUGUUGUCUCUCACCAGCCAACUUUGUUUCUCUGUUACUGGGUAGUCCCAGCCGAGGUCCCCAGAUGGAAGCCCUGCCCCCAUUGGACGCGGCCUCUCAGCAGCUCUGCUGGGCCGGUUUGACCUGCUUAGCUCACUAUCUGUGCUGGGUUCCAUUGUCCACUGUGGUCAGGCCCCAGCUUCUCUCCACCAUAUUUCACUUUGCUGCAUUUGGCUGCCAGCCCAGAACCGACUUCAACGACUCCAGUCCUAGUUCUAGAAGCAGUGCAUUUAGCAGCAGCACUCACAAACUGGGUAAAUAAAUCUCUAGUUAGUCUCCCAUUCGGUCAAGUACCAGUUGAGGUUUUGGGCCGGGUCAGCACUAAACUUUGUAUGCCAAUAGGUGCAAAGGCUAAGUAUCUUGAAAUCUAUAAUUCCUCGAUUAAUAUUGACGUCAAUCAAUGAUUUGAUUGUUUGUGUAUGUCUACGUUUGUGUUCAUAAAUACUGUAUCUUCUCUUUCUUUAGGUGUCCUGGCCAUGAACUGUAUCAAUGAAAUCCUCAGCAAAAACUGUGUCCCUCAGGAGUUUGAAGACUUCCUUCUCCAGAUGUUCCAGCAGACAUUCAACCUGCUUCAGAAGAUAACCAAAGAGAGCAACACAAAUUCCUCUGGCAACAGACUAGAAGAACUUGAUGAAGUGUCAGUCCUUAUUUUAACUAUCAUGUUGAAAACCUUGUGUUUAAAUUUCCACUCAGACUGCACCAACUCAAAUGCUUACAACGUAUUUAUUUUACAUGUUUUUAAUAAUUGUAAAGCGCUUAGAGCUUUAGGGUAAGCGCUAUAUGAAAAUGCCUAAAUAAAUAAAUAAAUUUAUUUAUUUUAUUCAUUCAUAUUUUAGCAGAGAUUGUAUUUUAUUUUUUAUAAACACAUGUGCUAUCUGCAAAUGAGAUUUAAACUUUUUUUUUUAAAUAUCGAUUUCAGAUAUGUCGACAAGUUUACUGACUUCCUCGGGCUUUUUGUUAGUGUCCAUUUGCGUCGAUUUGAAGCCAAUCCUCAGUUUCCUGUCUUGGAGUUCCUGUCCCUGCUCUUCAAAUAUACAUUUAGACAGGUACAGUUUACCGUGAUGUGUCUGCUUAAAAAGUAUUUUGAGUGUUUGUUUUUUUUUAAAAUAAUUUUGCCACUGCAUUGGUUCCUCACAGUAUACACUGUGCAGAGUGGAUAAGCAGCAUAAUGAACCUGCUUAUGAGCCAAAAUAUGAACCAGACAUGCUCUCUCAUGCAUGUAGAAAAAAAUCAAAGAUCGUGGCAUAAACAUGUCUGCUUUAAUAAUAAACAAAAUAUCUGACAAAAAAUGUUUAGUGAGUUUUUGUUUGUGUUGAUGCUGGGGGGAUGGGGGUUCCUUCUUCUUCUUUUCAGGUCACAAAUGAUUGACACUGUCUUAGAGUAGAUUUUCAAUGGCAUCAUCCAAUGGUCACAUGCAUAAGACAGUACAGUUUUUAGGCUAGUACUGCUUCUGUCAAACCAUUUAGGAACAACAACCUUUCUCUUUUCAGGCACAAAAUAUUUACACAUUUCCUUCUGCUUUGUUUAAUUCAUUCACUGCGUAUGAAAACAUGGACCGUAAAGUAGAUUUUUAUGCAAUCAAAGAUAUUAAAUUGAGGCCUAAAAUCUUCUUGGUUAAUAUUUUGUGGUAAAAGGGAUGUCCCUUUUAUUCUUUGUUGUGGGUUGUCCAGUUUUAGUUCAAAUUUUUUUCACAAUAUUUCAUUAAGUAAUGACAGAGUGUGUAGAUCAAGAGCCUAUAAAGCGGCUUGGUGUAAGGUCAGAGAAACUAUGAGGCUCUAAACCAGAUCAAAUUAUUGAAAAUAGAGUGUUCCAGGGGCGAGCUACUCUAUCAAAAAACAAAAUGUAACUUAGCGGUAUGAUAUAUAGCAGGAAAUGCCAAGGACAGACUGGCAGUAACCAGACAGUUAGCAAUGAUUUUUUUUUUAAUGAUGUUUGACCAGGCUGAAGAAUGACUUAAAAUGUUCAAAUAGUUUAACAUGGCCAAUAUCAUCUUUUAGAAUGAGCGUUGCCUGAGAACAGAUUGGGUUCUUCUGCAAGGCAUGUCCUUUCAUCGAGAAAAACACAAAAAAAUCCAAUAAUGUACUAUUUUCUUCACAACAGCCAAGUACAGACGGAUAUUUUAGCUGUUUAGAUAUUUGGAUAACAUUCCUAGAUUAUUUAAACACCAGACUUGAGGCACGAUCCAUAAACAAGGAAGACAUAUCUCUGAGGUAGGCGUUUUGUCCAUACUGUGAUGUAAACUCUAAAUUGCAACACCCUCUUGUCAUUUGACAAAAAAUGUGAAAUGAGUCCUACAAUAAAAAAAAAACUGUUGAUAUUUUUUCAUGGAUAUUUUUUCUUGACUUUCCAACCCAAGGAAUGUUACGGUUUUCUCCCUCACAGGUUCAAAGCUUCCCUUAGUUACAAACGGUAACACUUGCAUGGUUGAACAUUUUUUCAGCGGUGCUAUUUCAUGCUAUUGAUUUUGUUAUUUGCCAGACCACAUUAAGUUGUUAAACUUGUUUGUUUGUUUUUGCUUUUCUCACAUAGAGAUUUAUCUAGAGCUAUUAAUUUAGUUGAUAAAUGAAAAAGAAAUCAUUCACUCAAAAUGGAAAUGAGCUGAUAUUAGAGGAAGUUAAGUUUUCUGAUUUUUUUUUUCUAUUGAAGUAAAAUAAUGAAAUAAAUUUACCAGCGGCACCUCUAAUACUAAUACCGUAAAUUCAUGUCUUAUUUUUGUCAUUAAAGUACUAUUGCGAAAAAAUAUUCAGAUUGUUUGUUAGAGUCAGGUAGUAUUCUUUUUUUUUUUUUUUUUUUUUUUAAAUGACUAACUUUGAGUUUUACUUUUUCUGACCAAUGUCUACAAAAUAUUCUCUUUCUUAAAGUAUUUUUAAUUAAUUUUUAUUACCAGAUUACUUUUUAUUUUUAUUUUUUUUUUUUGUUUUGUUGUAUUCUUUUUUUUUUUUUUUUUUUCUUUUAAAUGACUAACUUUGAGUUUUACUUUUUCUGACCAAUGUCUACAAAAUAUGCUCUUUCCUAAAGUAUUUUUAAUUAAUUCUGAUUACCAGAUUACUUUUUCUGACCAAUGUCUACAAAAUAUGCUCUUUCCUAAAGUAUUUUUAAUUAAUUCUGAUUACCAGAUUACUUUUUCUGACCAAUGCCUACAAAAUAUGCUCUUUCCUAAAGUAUUUUUAAUUAAUUCUGAUUACCAGAUUACUUUUUUUGUAAUUUUCCCAGGUAUAAGGAGGCUCUGACCUCAUUAGUUUCCAGUAUUUUACAGAAGUUUCAAUUCCGUUACAACCAAUCCCAGCUUGAAGAGCUUGACGAUGACACACUAGAUGAUGAUGUGAGUAGAAGAAAUGUAUCUGUUAAAACUGUACUCAUAACGUAUAUGUUUAAACAAUACUCAUAGCAUAUUUUUUUAAACAUACUCACAAUGUAUCUGUUUUACUGUACUCACAACGUAUCUGUUUAAACUGUACUCAAAAUGUAUUUGUUUAACUGUACUCAAAAUGUAUUUGUUUAACAGUACUCACAAUGUAUCUGUUUAAACUGUACUCAAAAUGUAUUUGUUUAACAGUACUCAUAAUGUAUUUGUUUAACUGUACUCUCAAUGUAUUUGUUUAACUGUACUCAAAAUGUAUUUGUUUAACAGUACUCAUAAUGUAAUUGUUUAACUGUACUCAAAAUGUAUCUAUUUAACUGUACUUUGCUCUGGUCUAUGUAUUUGACUGUAUCAUUUAGACUUAAAGGGGGAAAAACAAAAUAAAUGUGAAUGGUUAGUUGAGCUUGACAUGGCUAUCCAUGCAUUUUCUGAUAGUCAAUAGAUCCUUGAUUUAACCAAAGUGCAUAAAUAUUUUGAUACAUUUUUAAGCUGACAAUGCCGGUCUAUGGCUGAUCUUUUCAGGAUGAAACAGAAUGGCAACAUUUUCUUAGGCAGAACCUGGAAGUUGUUGCUAAAGUGGCAGAGUUGAUGACACCAGAAGUUUUCCAACUUGUGGUAGGUGGCACGAGAGCAAUUAUUUUUCAAUAAUUAGAUAUUUUAUAUACAUGUACACAAUGUGCUGUCUUUAUACAUGUACACAAUGUUCUGUCUAUGUACAUGUACAUGAUGUUCUGUAUAUAUACAUGUACACAAUGUUCUGUCUAUGUACAUGUACACAAUGUUCUGUCUAUAUACAUGUACAUGAUGUUCUGUCUUUUCUUUUCAAGCCUAAACAUAUCUUGUUCCACUAUUUAUAUUGAUUUAGUGGGAUCCUUUCCAAGACCAUGUUGAUACCUACCUCGGCAUAGAGAAAUUUGUCGACAGCUCUGGGUAUGAGCGGCGAUUGUGCGUGUCUGCUGAGAAUGACUGCAGGCGACUUCACUGCGCCCUCCGAGACCUCUCGUCUCUUCUGCAAGCUUUAGGCAGAUUAGCCGUGCAUUUUACUGGAGAACAUUUUGUCACGAGGUUCACAAAUGCAAUGCAAAUUGUUAACAGGUUGGUUCAGAUUUCUGUUGUGAAUGCAAUGCAAAUUGUUAACAGGUUGGUUCAGAUUUCUGUUGUGAAUGCAAUGCAAAUUGGUAACAGGUUGUUCCAAACAUCUGAAUUUCAAAGAAAUGAUUACUUUGCUAUGAGCUAAUAGCUGAACUUUCUGUUUUUCAAAAGUUUCUUUUAGUGUAUAGAUGGAUAUUGGUAAAAAGAGAUUUUCUACCUUUUACUCACUGAAUGCUCCUGGCCUCUCUCUUUGCUAACACGCUUGAUAAUUUAAACGUUUUUUAAAAUAGUAAUUAAGGGGCUCAGUUGGUUAGUUUGAAUGAUAGUAGACUAUCUUCAAGUUAUAGUUAGCAUGACAGCAUACUAUCGUCAAGUCUCUACGUUUGAAAACAGAUAUAAAAAUGUAUUUACAACUUUUUGCCAUUUAUUGUUAUAAAUGAGAAGCAUACAUUGAUAUGUAUUAAAAUAAAUUGUGACGAAAUGUUUCAGACUUGUCCAUGUUACUUCCUAUGGAAGUAGAAUUAAGUUCUUUGAGGUGACCACAUCAGCUGGGGUACUGCAGCAAGAUUUCAUUGAAGUGUAAGAAUUAAUUUAGUAUGUAAUUAUUAAUUUAAAGGAUUAUUUAACAGCAAUACAACACAAAUAUUUAGUGAGUUGGACCAUUUCCUUUAUGCUUGCAACAACAUAUGCAGUGUAAUGCAUAAUAUUUCAAUAUUCUGUCAUGAAAUGCUGUACUAUUCUUUGAUUAAAACAUGAUUUUUCUUGUACUGUCAGCCAGUCCUGGGUUAAAACAUGAUUUUUCUUGUACUGUCUGUCAGCCAUGCCCAGUCUCUGGUUAAAGCAUGAUUUUUCUUGUGCUCUCAGCCAUGCUCAGUCUCUGGUUAAAACCUGAUUUUUCUUGUACUGUCAGCCAUGCCCAGUCUCUGGUUAAAGCAUGAUAUUUCUUGUACUGUCAGCCAUGCCCAGUCUCUGGUUAAAACAUGAUUUUUAUUGUACUGUCAGCCAUGCCCAGUCCCUGGCAGCCAUCAAAGCCUACACACACUGGAUGUUUCAGUUUUACACUGAAAGUUUACGGGUCAACCAACAAAAGGAAGAGUUCAAUUCAAUCCUUCUGGCUGUCAUCCAUUCCAUCACUCCACUCAUUGACAAACAGGUAUAUUAUGGGCCACCAGGUAUAUUAGGGUUCUCUAGGUAUAUUAUGGGCCACCAGGUAUAUUAUGGUUCACCAGAAUCAAGAGGUAAAAUUAAAAAUUAUUUUGUGUCUUGAUUCAGACGCAUGGUGUGACUUUACUAAGAUUUUGUUAAUGUUAUUAAAUUCAUGAUUACCAAUAAGAUCUAUUAUGUCAAUUGGAUACAUCAAAGCUAAAUCAUCAAUACAUCCCAUUAGUAUUAUUAUUAUUAUUAUUAUUAUAAAAAAUAUGAAUUUCUUUAAUGUCAGGUCCCUGAUAAGAUAAUACAAUCUGCUGCCCAUUUACUGCUGUCUAUUACUACAACUGUCAGGCCGGCAUUUCUACUUCAAGUGGCACCAGUCAUCACCCUGUAUGACUUGGCCAGUCAAGGGGCUUGUCAGAGUUUAGCACAAGAGGUAAACAGACUGGCAAAUAAAUUAUGUAGUCUCAUCUUUUUUUUUUAUAAAUACUCUAAAACUUGGUUAGAAACUUAAAUUUUGCUUUCAAACGUCAUUUGGUCUGUAACUCUUCAAAUAUUACUUUUUAAAAUUGGCCUAAUUUUCUUUUAAUUUAAAUCUAUCGUUUUACAACUUUGGAUCAAAACAUUUCACCAUUUCCUCAUCUUGUCAUUAUUUACAAAACAUCCUCUUCUGCGGCAGGUCCAGCUACUGAUUUACCGCUCUCUAUCCCACUAUCUGCUGCUUCCGUGGCCAAAUGUUGGGGCACAGGAACAGGACUGGGAGAACCGAGCUAACCUUCACAAGACUCUUGUUGCUCAGCUGACGGCUCAGUUUGUUGCCCUGGGAAACUUGCCAGAACUGGCAACCAGUAAAUCAACUCAGGAGCAAGGUAAACAUGUUUUGCCACCAGGCAUGAUGGUAUUGGUACCAGACAUGAUGGUAUUGGUACCAAACAUGAUGGUAUUGGUACAGGGGCUUGUUUAAAGUCACCCAGUGGAGUUGAUUGGCUUAACCCAUUGAAACUGCGAUCCCACUUUCUUGGUCCUUGUGUUAUAAAUCCAUACCCGCCUAACCGAUAUUUCUGUCUCCCGCACCUUAUCCUAGAUUGAAAGUCUUUAUUUAAAAGAGUGUUGUAAAUACUGAGUUCAGGGUUUACCAUGUGACUCGUGAACGGUCACAGUAAUGGCAGCACCCAUUGGUUUUUUUGUGUAUUAUGUUUUACUCAUGUUUUUCAAUGUAUAGAGGUGAUGAAAAAGAAAAAAUUGCCAAUGGGCUCAAAGGAUUCAAAGGAAUAUUAUCUUGUUUUGAAAAAAGUAUUAUAAUAAAAGCAAAUAGACAAUGAUAUUGAUAGUGACAAUCAGCUGACUUCAACUAGUGCUAGUGAUGGAAUGUGUGCUUUGCUAGUAAUGGAAUGUGUGCUUUGCUAGUGAUGGUUAAUGCUUUGGGAACUAAAGACCCAACACAAGGUAAGUCCUAGUCCUAGCCUUGGUUUUUAUGAAAAUGGGGUCGUAAAAGUGACCUACUAUGCUAUUCUACAUCAACUCUACUAUGCUAUUCUACAUCAACUCUACUAUGCUAUUCUUCAUCAACUCUACUAUGCUAUUCUACAUCAACUCUACUAUCCUAUUCUACAUCAACUCUAAGACAAUUUUCUCAUUGUGACUGUGAUACAUUUUAUAAUAGUAAUGGACAAUUUAGAUUGAAAUACCGGUAAAUAAAAUUUGUAUCAUUUUAUAAUCAUGGAAUUUGGUUUGCUUGUGUGUCUGUUUGUUAAAAUUUACCCCAGAGGCAUGGGUAUUUUAGGAUGAGAAGUCAAGGGUUACAAUAUAGUUGGUUACCUCAUGUCCAUUUGACUUGAUGUUCUAAGAGCCAUUGAGAUUUGCUUUUUUGUGAGGUCUCUCAUUCAGGCUCCAAAGGGUUUAGGAGCUUGAUAGCAUGAUUGCCAUAUUUGAUAAAGAUAGUUUAAAAUCUUUAUGAAUUCACAGAGUUCUUCUUUUUUUUUGUGUUGAAAACCAUUUGGCAGACUACACUAUAAAAAUAAUCUAAAAAACAUGGUUUAUAGCUAAAUGAUUCUUUCUUGGAUGUGAUUAUAUUUGAACUAACUGUACUCUUUUUGUCCUAAUUAAUUUUUUGUUGUGGUUCUGUUUGAACUAAAUUAUUAUUAUUUUUUUUUUUAGCUUCAUUUUUUGUUGUGAUUAUAUUUUUACUGGCUGUAUUUUAUUUAAUUUCAUUUUUGGUUCUGAUUCUGUUUGAACUAACAGUAUUCACUGUAUCUACUCUGUUUUUCCAGCUAAAGAUGUGAUCAAGAAGACCAUGACCAUCUGCCAGGACUGGGUGGAAUCCCUGGCUGGAGAAGUGGUGAAAUCCAAGCAGAUUUGUUUCCAGUCCCUGCAGGAGGUCACCCUGACAACGCUCACCGUGUUCCCAAUCUAUGUCCAGGAUGUGGAUGUUGUGGAAAAUAUCAUGACCUUCUUCCUGGCAAUGUUCCAAGGCUUGCGUGUACAGAUGGGAGUGGCAUUUACAGAAAAAAUUAUUCAUGCUUUUAUGAAUGUCUUUUCCAGGUAAGUACAUUUCCUUCACUCAUUUCAGCUUUUACUACAAAGACUUUUUGGUGAAAGCAUAGUGCUUACUAUAUUAUAGGAUAUAACAUUUUUAAAGAGCUUUAUAUAUGUUCAAAAUGUUCUCCCUUUUUUGUUGUACCCGUGCUGUAAUUUACUUAAUUUUGGUUAAAUAUUUUAAAGAACUAUAUCAUUUAUUAAUAAUCAUCACCUCAAGCAAUGAUUGUGACAUCAUACAUUUGCAGAUUUAUAAGAGAUUUCUUGAUUAGGCAAAGAACACAAUUUUAAAAAUUAAGUAUUGCUCACUGUUUUUUGUUUAGAUUAUUCUUUUCUUCUGAUCUACAGUGCAGCUGUGCCAUAUCACCUGAGCAAUUUUUAUUUUUUUCUUAGCUCUAUUGAUUUUUUUAUCUACUACAUAUACCAUAACUUAACAUCUCUCUUUUUUUUUUUUACGGAUUAGAGGAACCAUUGUGUUUGUCACAGCUUUGCAUAUUAAGCAUUGAUUUUUUUCACUUCUUAAUGUCUUGUCCUCCUAGGGAGCUUCUGGCCCAGACCAUUCAUCAUGAAACAAGUGGUGCAUUUAGAGUUAUUGAAAAGUAAGUGCAUUGAAUGCAACACAGUUUUAAUGUUAACUCUUUCGCUGCGGAAUUUUUUUAUCAAAAAAAUGUACAUUUUUUUUAAGAUCGGAAAAGAGUGAGAGGUUGGGUUUAUUAAAAAAUAUUAAAAAUAUUAUUCUUUGAUUUAUAAGACUAAACUUAGUAUCAAAUGAAAGUUAAGUGAAAGGACUAUAUGUCUAUACACUUAUUUGUUCACUUUAAAUAAAAUAAAUUACAGAAAAGAAACAUAAAAUGUGAAAACAUUUAAACAAUAAAAUGAAAAUCCAGUUAUUUGAUUCAAUAAAGUAUCUUAGCUUAAUUUAUCUUGCCUCUGUAUUGAUUAUCUGUAAUUAGAUCGACUUAUAAUCCUCACAGUUUUUUAAAGAUAUUAGAAUUAAUCGUGCAAGAUCCUGGAUCACAAUUCAAGGUCCUUCUUCCUAGAAUAAUUUCAAUAGCAAUGGACCAGAUUUAUCCCAUUGUUGCACCAGUAAGUAUGAAUCAUAUAAUGUAACUUUUUAUUUCUAGACACAAAUUUCAAACAGAACUUAUUGUAUUAAAUGUCAAUAAAUUUCUGUUAGACUGUAUAUUAAAUUUUGAAAUUACGGCAAUUUCUGAAGGACGCAGAUUUUAUUUGUGACAUACAACAAAAAAAAAAUACAUCUUACCAAUGUGCAUUUGUUUACUAUUCCCACAUUUACUCGUUAAUAAAUUAUGAAACUUAAACAUCAUUCUUAAGAUCAUUUCUAUAACAAACAUUUCUAAUAACAAAUGUGUUUUGUCAUUUCUAUAACCCAGCGUCCAUCUCCAGACAUGAAGAGCGCCUUGUAUCAUCUCCUGCAUGAGAUACUUGCCAACAACUGGAGAUAUUUUUUUAAGGGCUCAAUUCUUGAUGUCAUGAAAGAAUCAGGGGAUGGAUUGGAAAACAGUGCUCAAUUUAUUUCAAUUUUACAGGUGUUUUAAAAUUAAAACAUCUAUUUUUCCUACUAAAACUUUGGAAAAGAUUGAAAGUUUUUAUUGUUUUAUAAUAAAUGAGUUGAAAAUAUUGUUUGUAUGAAGUAUUCUUCAUAGAAUGAGGAAUAUAAAGACCUUUUAUACAAAAAAAUUAAUAGUAUUAUUUUUAUCUUCACAGGCUUAUGGACAGUCAUUUUUACAAACAGACAUCAGUAUAUUUAGGCAGAAUUUGGAAUCUCUUGAAGCUUUAAAUUUUAAAUGGAAACUGUAUAAUAAGGUACGGGUGGAUAAACAAUUCAGUUACUUUCACUUUAAUGUGCUAGUUUUGAGUUACGGCAAGUUAUCUGUUGGGGCAAUUUAUGAGUCAGGGCAAGUUGUUAUUAGUUAAGGCAAGUUGUUAUGAGUUAGGGGCAAGUUAUGAGUCGGGGCAAGUUAUGGCUUAGCGUUUCAAACUGUUUAGAAAUGGUGUUGUACUUUUGGAAUGAAAAUUUACUGGUUCCAUAUGUCACGGCCAGAUCGCAUGAUUAUGUUAUGUGUCUGUGUUAAUAAUUUUUUAAGUGAGCAAUAAUGUUUUGCGUUUGGAACUUCCCCAUACAUCGCACCACGUUUACUAAGUCAUGAAUGCGCUAUGAAGCAUUUCAGGUGUGGUGUGAUAUAUUUGUUAUGAGCAACAAGAAGGCAUUCUUUAAGGAGUGAGUGGGUGAUUUUUAUUGAGCGGGAUACAUUUGGGAAGGUGGACAGAAGUUUUUCAUUCAUAUGGUGUGAACACCAUUAAUGUUGGUUUGUGUUGAUUGUGUAAAUAAUUUAAGAAUAUUUGUUUGAUACAACCAUCUCGUGGAGUUAUUUGCCAGAAAGAAACAGAGUUUUUGACUCUGAUAUUGUUUUCUGUAGCCAUUCGGAGGAGAACCACCCCUAGACAUUUUGCCCCACCAUACUGGUAUUGAAAAAAAAAAAGUUCUUUAAACACUUGAGUUUAUACACAGAAAGUUUUAAAAAAGAAUUUUUUAUGCUCAAAAUGUACAAAGUACAAGUACAAGGUAACUGAAACUGUGAGCUACAUUUUGUUUGGCAUUCUUAUUUAUCUGUUGGUUUAUCCAUGAUACUCGUAUCCUCAACAAAGUAGAAUUAUAAUGCUCAUUAAUAUACAGUUAAUUUUUUGUGUGGUAAUUUUGUCUUCAAUUUUUUUAUAGAAAAUAUUCUCUGAAGUAAUGAGUCAUCAGUUUCUCAAAGUCUUAUUGCAAGUAUUAAUCCAAAAGUCACAUGACCUGCUGCAGGAAGAAAUAGUGAUCUCAGUUUACAAUAUGGCAGCUGUGGACUUUAAUUCUUUCUUCAGUACAUUCUUGCCCCAAUUUCUGGCCUCUGUGGAAGGCAUUGAUAAAAAUCAAAAAUCAGUCCUGGCGAAGAACAUUAAACUUGACUGGGUGAGUAACUUGAUUCGGCGGGUAACUUUAUUGAUGGGUGAGUAUUUUAGCUCUAUUUUAUAUAUUGGUUGUCUUUCUAUAUAUUACUAUAAGUUUCUAUACUAUAAGUUUUUCUUUAGCAGCAUAAGCAAAAUAAGUCAUGAAGCAGCAAACAUUUUUAUUGGCUACUAGUCAAAAUAUUUCUUUCCAUUCCAUUCACAGACUUUUUCUCUUUAUUCUAUUAAUAAUCAAAUUUUAUUUUUAUAUUCGAUAUUUCCAGGAUUUACCUUCGUUCACCCAAACAGUUCAACGGUUUGUCAAUGAUCUUCGUUACUAUUCUCUAAUCAACAGCAGUUUACCUGCAGGAUCUGUGUCAUUAGUAUAGGAUUAAUUAUCUCUAUAUACCGUAAGGUUGGAAAUAUUGCAGUAGAUAAUGCUUAAUUCAGAUGCUAAAUUGUAUAUGUUGGAGAUCUCUUGGAACAAAACACUCAACCCAGAUGGUGUCUAAAAAACUAAAAUAAAAAAGGGAGCACUAAAAAAUUGUUCCCACUGUGUUAAGUGACUUCUUGAUGAAAUAAUUAAACUAAUUUGAAUCUCUUGCUAUUUUCAAAAUAUAAAAGCAAUUUACUGUUUUGUUAAUUUAAAAGUAUUAUUUCUCUUGCUCUAAUAAAUGUGUGCGACUGAAUCCUGUUGGUGACAAUUGCCAGACUUUUAUGUGAUUUAAUUUAAAUUUUA